AUGUCUGAUUUCGAUUUAGCGAAUAAAGUCCAGCAUCUGAUUAUACAACCCGCAGACCUGCGACUGAAUCCACCAGAGAGCUAUCUCUACGUUCAAGAUGGGCUGAUUAUUUCCUGCGGCUUUCUCUACGUUCUUUGCUAUUUAUUCUGCACAUUCCGCGCAUAUAAAGACCAGCGAGUCCCUGGAUCGAGCUAUGGCAGUGUCCAGUAUCUAUGCCUAACAAUGGCCUACGAAUUCUUCUACGCCUUCACCACCACAUCUACAACCGUAGAGCGAGUAGGCUUUCUCGCCUGGUUCAUCCACGACUUUGGCUACGUCGCAGUCAUCCUUAAGCACGUCCAUCGCGCAGAGCACCGACCCCGACUCAUCCGGAACAUGCUCAUCGGUCUCCUCCUGGGUAUAGCCGGCUUGAAAUGGCUAACGACCCUCUACCCAGAUGAUCGCGAACAAGUCACAGCGUACUGGACGGGUAUUCUCCUUCAACUUCCCAUCGGCUGGGUCUGUUUGCAUUCGUUGUAUGCGGAGGAGGGGACGAGGGGGCAUUCGUUGGAGAUGUGGAUAACUCGAUAUUUAGGCUGCUAUCUAGCCUACGGGGUGUUUAUCUGGCGAUACUUGAAUGUGCCCCAGAAUUGGGAAUAUGUUGCCUCGCCAUGGAGUAUUGCCAUUAUGGUCUUGACUUUGCUUCCGGAGACGAUAUAUCCGUUUUGCUAUGUUUGGGUGUAUAAAGUGCAGAAGGUCAAGGGUGAAUAG